GGGCAAAUUGGCAGACUGGGAACCAUGGGGUCUGAGGAAAUCUGCUUGAAUCAGGAGGUCAAGAUGCAAGCAACAGCCUUCAAAGACAAGAAACAGAGGGCCCCAGACCAUAAGGAAGGUUCGGUACCUCAAGGUGCAGACCCUGACUAUGAGAAUAUCACCUUGACCUUCAGAAACCAGGAGCAACCAAGGGGCAGCCAUUCACCACCCAAGAAUCGAGGCAAGCAGCCACCUGCCAGCCCGCACCCCACAGCCUCGGGAGGGGCCCCUGUCCCAGCCUGGUCGAGGCCGGCCCCAGACUCUGCCCAGGUCCCUCGUUGGCUGCACAGAGCCACCCUGAGCCUGUACAUCCUCCUUGCCCUGUUCUGCAUCGUUCUCUUGGCCUUGGUCCUGGUGAAGAAUUCUGAGGUGUCCCAGGAGCUGCUGGUCGUGAAAAGGGAGCUCCAGAAUGUCUCCAUCUCGGGACAACAGUGUCAGGAGGAGCAGAAACAGGGCUGGAGCAGCAUCCAGCAGCUCAUCACGGAGGCCAGGCAGGACAUUGACAUGAUCAAGAGAAAUGUCCACAUGGGGAAUGAGAAAGUGAAGAUGCUGUCAACAGACUUAAGCCAGAUCAAGACUAAAUUACAUGAAAUCUCCAAGAUACUAGAGAAGAAGCCGCAGCCACCUCCCACUGGACCUUGUGCCAUCAUGGAAGAGGCCAGAGGCGUGGCCAUCCUGCAGCCAAACGUGCCUGAGCCCAAGCUGGACAGACUGGGGGCUGAGUCCCGGCUUCUCCCAGGACGAGCGACUUAA